CCAGCUGCUAAUGCCCAGGAAACACAGAACUGGCUUGCUGUUUAUUUCAACUGUAUUCAUGUGCUGUGUUGCAUGACAGGCUUUCUGACAUCUGCCCAACAGCCUCACACUUCCUACAGCAUCACCCCAGGUGCUUAGUCACUUCAUGUGACUCACUGCACAAGCCAGUGACAGUUGUGUGUUUUCCCUGACACUGAUAACUUGUACAGACACAAGUAAGCAUGCCAGUGAAAACACCUGCAAGCCGUACCUUAUCAUCAUCGCUUCUAUGACUCGUUGGACUCUGUUGCUUCAUCUGAGCAGUCUUACCUCUUAGUCAAGUAGAGGCAAAACAGUGCAUUUGGAAAAACGACUCAGUGCGGACCCAGAACCACAGGCAAACUGCAACCAGCAGCAGAACGCUGGGUUUCUUCAAGCUUAUGAUGGCACCCUGGAACAGACUACGUAAAUUUGCGCUGCUAAUCGUGAACACAGGUUUUGUGUGUUAUCUUGUGCACUUACUGCAAAAUCAAAGAAAGGUAACACUUAAUUCUUUGGAAGUUAAUCCUCGAUUUCUGAAUCAAGAAAAAAACAUCCUUCAGAGACUGGACCAUUUGGACUGGAGCGUUCAUAACCUCUCAAAAUCAGUGGAAGCAUUCCAUGAAAAUAUAAACCAAAUAGAACAUCAUCUGAAACUGCAAGUGAACUCCAAGUCACACAAAGCUGAAGUUCGCAAAGCUGAUAAUGCAAAGGAGAAAAACACGAUUGUACACCGUUUACUGUACCCAGACUCACCUUUGUUCAAACAGUGGGGUGCAGAUUUAAGGGAAGAGGAGCAAACUGUUGCACAGAAUCUCUUCUUAAGUUAUGGAUAUAAUGUUUAUCUCAGUGACCAUCUACCUCUGGAUCGACCUAUCAGAGACACCAGAUCUCCCAGCUGUAAAAUGAAAACAUAUCCAAAAGACCUUCCAACACUCAGCGUUGUGCUUAUAUUCAUGAAUGAAGCAUUGUCAGUUAUCUUACGUGCAAUUACUAGUAUCAUUAACCGAACACCUUCUCAUUUAUUGAAAGAAAUCAUCUUGGUAGAUGAUUACAGUUCAAAUGAUGAUCUGAAAGGAACUUUGGAAACACACAUCAAAAAUUACAAUGCAAAGCAUCCUGGACUGCUGAAGAUCAUCAGACAUCAGGAAACAAAAGGUCUAACACAAGCCCGGAUUUCUGGCUGGGAGGCAUCAACUGCAGAUGUUGUUGCAAUUUUGGAUGCCCAUAUUGAAGUGAACAUGGCAUGGGCUGAACCUAUUCUGUCUCGACUGAAAGAAGAUCGUACUGUGAUAGUAUCACCGGUAUUUGACAACAUUCGUUUUGCUGACUUUGAGCUCCUUCAGUAUGGAGUGGCUGCCGAUGGAUUUGACUGGGCACUCUGGUGCCUCUAUGAAGAUUUACCAGCUGAGUGGUAUGCUCUGAAAGAUGAAACGGCUCCAAUCCAAAGCCCAUCUAUAAUGGGGAUUCUUGCUGCAGAUAGGAAAUUUCUGGGUGAGAUUGGUGUACUGGACAGUGGAAUGUACAUAUAUGGAGGAGAAAAUGUGGAACUUGGCCUGAGGGCCUGGCAGUGUGGAGGUAGAGUAGAGGUACUGCCCUGUUCAAGAGUCGGUCAUGUGGAAAGAGCUCACAAGCCUUACUUGCUGAAUCUGAACGUCGCAAUGAAGCGCAAUGCCUUGCGUGUCGCUGAAGUGUGGAUGGAUGACUACAAGUACAUGGUCUACUUUGCAUGGAAUCUUCCAAUUGAGAAUCCUGGAAUAGACUUUGGAGAUGUUUCUUCCAGAAAACAGCUAAGGAAAAAACUGAACUGUAAAGGCUUUGACUGGUACAUAAAAAACAUUUACCCUAAUUUAGUAUUUCUUCCCAACAUUGUUGGCUAUGGAACAAUGAAAAACACAUUGAAAGAAGACAUCUGUAUUGAUCAAGGCCCCGUCCCUGGAAACACGCCAAUUAUGUAUCCUUGUCAUGCAUACUCAUCACAGCACAUCUUUUAUCACAGCACUGGAGAAAUGUAUGUAGGAGGUUUACGUGCCAGACGGAAUACAGCUGAUAGAUGCCUAAUAGACCCUGGGAAUGGGGACCUGCCAGUUUUAGAGCAAUGUGACACAGCUGUGAAUAAAAGUCUGAACUUGCACUGGGAUUUUACGCAGGGAUCAGCUGUAAUCAACAGGGGCACUAAAAGAUGCCUUGAAAUCACAGCAGACAAUCCAGUUUCAUACAGACUCGUAAUGCGGACCUGCACAGGACAAAGGUGGAAUAUCCAACACACAGUUAAGGACUGGGGAAGGACGGAAGACUGGGAACAGAAGACAUAGCACUCAAAGCAUUGACUAGAGGAGAUUUUUCCUUGAAAAUUGCUACAUUCAUAAUGCAGCCCUGAAAGCGGUUAUCUCAGGAGUUUGUUUACAUGGGAUUUUACAAUGUAGUAGUUAUUGCAAGAGUUAUGACCAACUCACACAAACUUGCAUUCUUAGGGGCAUCACCCCCACUGAGUUUCCUCAGUUAGGAGAGGAAUUGUCUUUGCUGUCUUUUAGUAUCACCAGAGAGAAGCAGUUACAUCUAAGAGUGUCUCAGCCCACCGGAGUUCCUUAUGAACUUCCUUUUGAAGUGCCUUUCUCUGCUCAUUAAUGAAAGACCGGUGUAAGGUCUCUAACUUUCUAACUUUGGCAUGUUGGUUAGAUAUGGAAAUUCACAACAAAUGAAAGUGGGUCUGACUUUCUCUUGUACACAGACUUUAUCUCAGGCUGAAUUUGACUAUUUGCCUUGUGUCAUAUGGAUAAUGCAAAACUUCUUGCCAAGAUGCACUUAUGCUAGUGGGUGAAAUGAAAUACAUCCUUGUUCUUCUGCCCCUAUAAUUUGCCUGGACAUGAUUCAGUUUCUCAGUAAAGUUUAUUAGAUUCAGCAGUGUGCCACACUAAGGCUAUUUUAUGUUUACCUAUGUGAAGUUCAUUUGUGCCAGCCAGCUGCCAGCAUGGAUAGGAUGCAGUCAAGCCCUUGGAAACAAAGGGAUUCAACUCAACAGUUUCCACAAACCAAUACGAGGCCAAUGCAGUAGCAUAUGUCUGUCAAAGAAACGGUAAAAUACAGCAUGAGUUGUUAAUGGGAGGCAACUUCCAGGCAGAUGCAAUACGAAUUAUUGCAGAAUUAUGGUUAGGUGGAACUGGCUGUCCUACUUAGAGAAACCACUCCUAGGAUAUAUGCUUAUUUGUUAAAGAGAACUCCUUUAAAAUAAACUCAUUGAAACUAUAUAGACUUCCAGCCCAAAGUCAUUUUGUUAUCAAAAGGGUGCCAAGCAUUUUAUCUGAAUAGAAAGUGUAUUCAGGGUUUGUCUGAAUAUUUGUUUGAACAUAAUCCAAUGUGAUUUGUGGUUUCCUUUGUAAUUUCUCUGUAAACUUGAUGUGAA